AUGUCAGAGUCUACAAAUAAAGAUUCUGGAGCAGGAAGAUCUGUGGAAGAGAAUCCAAAUGAACAAAGAAGUCAAUCAGAAUUAACGCUCGUGGAGUGGCGGUCCUCCGAUCAAGUGAAGACUAGUGCUCCUUCAUCGUCGUCCCCAUACUUGGACAUUGACGAUGAUGAUGAUUUUGAUUUAAUAUUUCGGUUUUACAAGAAAGAGACUGCUCGGGGAUGGAAUGAGUUUAUAGAGUUACCUAAAUUACAUGAAGGGUUCAUAUAUGAUUCUGAUUCUCUUUUAAUUGGAGUUCAGAUUCAGGUGAUCAGAGAAAGGGUGGAUCGACCUUUUCGUUGCCUUGAUUAUGAGUAUAGGAGGGAGCUUGUUACGGUGUUUGCGCCAGAGGUACAUCUACCUUUAUUGUGGUUUGUGGAAGAGUAUAGAAGAGAGCUUAUUAAAGUAACAGAGGACAAGCUAAACUGGAACUGCUUUGGUGCCUUCUGGUUAGGGUUGGACCAAAACUCAAGGCGUCAGCUGUCUUGGGCGAAAAGGGACGAGGUUCUAAAAGAAGUUGUUAAAAACUUCUUCCACGAGCAAAAAAUCACAUCCGCUUUUGUGAUGGAGUUCUUGUACAGUGGUUUGAAGGCUCUUGAAGGCCAAACUAAGGAUAAGAAAUGCAGGCUGGGACUAACGGAUACCGAAGUAUCGCCAGCUCCAAUGGUUACUGUGGAGAAAGAUAUGUUUGUGUUAGCUGAUGAUGUGAUGUCACUCAUACAUAGGUUUUGUUUGGAGCCAUUCGCUUCAAAAGAUGAAUUAGGUCAUCAAACCACAAGGGAUGGGAAUGCUAGAGGAGUAUACAAUGAUGAAACCAUACAAGAUGUUGAGAGGCGUCUAAUUGAGAGGGGUAAAAAGACUAUGGAAGUAUUUGCUCUUGGUCAUAUCUACAUCAACACGAUUAAUAUGGCAUACCGAGAUGAUCUUGUCUGGAGAAGGCAAGAAGAGCUUAUUCGGGAAGAAGAAGAAGCAAAAAGCAAACAGAAAGCCGCAAAAGAGAAGAAAUCUAAGAAGAAACAGGCGAAACAGAAAAAAAACAAAGGAAAGGCUGAAAAGAGAGCAGACACAGUGAGGACCCAAGCAGAAGAAAGGUUGCUUGAGAAAGAGGAUUCUGACCCUAAGAAUCAACACCAUUCUUUAGAGCAAGCAAAACCGGACACAAGGGAUGUUGUUCCAAAAGGAAAAGCAGUAACUUCAUCAUCAUCAUCAUCUCCAGAUAUUCAGUUGGAGACUGUGGUUCCAAGAGUCGAUAUACAGAAAAAUGCUUCUCCAAAACCGGAGACAAAGGAUGUUGUUCCAAAAAUAAAAGAAGUACCUUCAUCAUCAUCAUCAUCUCCAGAUAGUCAGUUGCAGACUGUGGUUCCAAGAGUCGAUAUACAGAAAACUGCUUCCCCAAAACCGGCAGCACAACCAGUACAAUCCAUGUCCACACUUGUGACUGUGAGAAAGCUGCUCCAGAAGCAAGCUGCUCCGGAGAAAAAGCUUGUUUGGAAACCAGUAUCUGCUAGAUUACCUUCAUCAUCAUCUGGAGAUAUUCAGUUUCAAACUGUGGUUCCUAUAGCCGAUAUACAGAAGACUGCUUCUCCAAACCUUACGGCACCUGUGAGUACACCUAUAAUCCCUCCAAAGAAAGCUGCACAUGUACAAUCAAUGUCUAGACCUGUGAGUACUCCUAUAAUCCCUCCAAAGCAAGCUGCACAUGUACAAUCAAUGUCUAGACCUGUGAGUACUCCUAUAAUCCCUCCAAAGCAAGCUGCACAUGUACAAUCAAUGUCUAGACCUGUGAGUACUCCUAUAAUCCCUCCAAAGCAAGCUGCACCUGUACAAUCUAUGUCUAGACCUGUGAAUGCUCCAAUCAUCCCUCCGAAGCAAGCUGCACCUGUAAUAUCUGCUGUUCAAGCCUCCACAUCGUCAUUUGCUCGUUCAAUGAGCUCAGCAGGACGUUUAGGUUCACCGCCACAUAGCCAAACUUACAUUCCUCAGUCCUAUAAUCAUCCUAUAGUGGGUUCAUCUGGUUUCAACCACUCAAGCUCUCAACCGAUGGUAACAAGCACAUUGCCGCCUUAUUCACAUCCGCCUCCUAUCUCAGUAUCUAGUCAGUCUAGUUUCCCUAUCAACGUUGGCUCUUGGGAUCUUUCAUCUUGUGGGCUCUUGUGGACCGGUGGUUCGAGUUCAAACAGAGACACAACAACAACAACAACUGCCAUCAGUGGGAAUCAUCGAACCAACCCUUACAACACACCGGUAACUACUAAUAAUAUUCAAGUAGUGACUGACGAGUGCCAAGGUUAUGGUUAUGGAAACAACAACCAGAACUCAUAUCUUGGCAAUGAGGAUCUUGGGAUCUCCGGCUGGUCAGGAGGUUACAGUGAAGAAACUAUGCCACAUUUUUCCUUUUAUUCAUAUUGGCAAAUGGAUGAGCUGGCACAGACGCAACGGGAGAUGGCGAACAUGGACAUGUCUUCACUCGCUAUGAGGAACCAAGAUGAUGCAAGCAGUUUCUCUUACUUUAGCUUAGGUUCAUCAUCAAACCCGGAUUUUUCUUCAAGAAUCAAUGAAUAUAGAAACUUAGGCUAUGGAACUGAGUGA